ACAACUCCUCCACUAUUAAAGUCUCCCUAAAGCACAACAACAAAGCACUGGCCCUGGCCCUCAAUGCAAUGAAAGCCAAUGCACAACGGCUCACCCAGGAGAAGACCAUCUUACAGAAGGAGGUAGAGCAGUGCCACUUCCAGAAUGCGAUGCUGCGGCACAAGCUCUCCUUCCUGGAUAAUGCCUUGAAAGAACUUGAGAACAUUAUGGCUGCAGUUAAGACAGCCCGGCUGUCUGAGUUCCAUACAAGUUCUGCACCUUCGUGGAAUGGCCAGAAGAGCAGCAUAACUGAAGAUAGCUGGGCCGAUGAUAUUGCAGAUGGUCAGCUUGUGAGGGCUACAGGGAUGCCAAUGAGGGUGCCCAUUUCCAAGUCGUGUGAUGGUAGCACUUCCACAGCAGUACAGACAUCCUCACUAGAUCUUCAGAGCCCUGCUUCUAAUGAGCCCCUGGAAGUUGUGCCUGUUGCCUCCAAAGACACUUUGCCACCACAGACUGCUGAGAAGCCUCAGUCGCCCCAGGAAGAGAAUGAGAAUAAGGUGACUGAAGUAAUGGAAGCACAAGAGGCUUUUCUUGGUUCUUGCAUCUUUGAAGAGGCCUUUUGCGCCACCAAACAAAAUCCCAACAGUUUGCCAGCACUUUCCUUGGAAAGUCAUUCUCUUUCACAUGAGGGUGAUGAGAUGGCAAAACAUUUGUUGGAUCGUCUCUCACAAGGGUACGUUACUCAGAGGAGAAAGUAUUACAGUUUGGUUACAACAAGCACUCCAUCUUCUGGUGUGGAUGUCUGCCCACCUGUCAGUUCCACUCAGGCAGCUGAAUGGUGUAUGAGAAAGGAAAGCAGCAGCUCCAGAAAGAGCAACACAGAACCACAGCUGAAAUCUCCCACCUCCCUGGUUUCACCUGCUCAAACCACUGUUACUCCUGAUAGAAAAUCUUUGGGCAAAGAGAUUUUCUGUGAUCAGCCACAGGGUAAAGGAACUGGGUGUGGGGUUGAAAUGGACCCCAAACAUAGCCGAGUCCCUGAGUUUGUUCCUGUGAAGGUUAAAACCAAAGGUAAUUGUAAAACUGGUGAGAAAAAAACUGGUAAAAAAGCAAGUAUGGGGAAAAAGAAAACAAAUGCAAUUAAAAAAAAGGGAGAAAGUAAUCCUGAUAGACCUCAAGGCGAAGAGCGUGUUCAAAAUACAGAGAAGCUUCAUCAGCCAAAAGUUGCAACAUGUCCUAGUGAGUCUGAAGAGAUGAGGCAGAAGUUUUGUGCAGAGGCUUUUGACAAGAACACAGGCUGUGGUGUGGAGCAACAUUCCAAAAAAACUGAUGAAGUCUUCCUUUCCAGAAGAACAUAUGUGGUGAAUCCAGCACAGCUGCACAGUCUUGAAAGUAGUGACUUACUGCAACAGGUUAAGAAGGAUGCUACUUUUGAGAUCCAGCAUAUGGAGAGCUUGUCAAAAAGCCCAGUUUGUACCUUCACAAGUCUUGAAGUUCCCCCAGAUGAUUCCAGUCUACAAAAUUCACUUUUCUUGAGGAAAGAGACCUCAAGUGCCUGUGUGUUGCAAGAGGACUCAAGUGUGAGCACAAAGAGCAUCAGACAGAAAAACAACAGAAAAACUAGAAUAAUUAGGCAAAAAGGUGACUUUGGGGAGGAGAAUCUGCCAAACAGUGUGAAAACACCAGAGGCCAAAGCUGAAGAACAGCCUAAAAGAAGCCAGACAAGCAGGAAGAAGACUGUCAGGAAAGGCAGUUGUCAUGAUCAGAGAAACGAAGUUGAUGUUUUUGGCCUAUGUAUAGAUGCUCAAGGAGUAGCUCAAGGAGUAGCUAAGGAGAGCACAAAGGAUUUACAAGGUAAUCUUAAACGCAGCAGGAAAACUUACAUUGUCAGUCCUUUGGAUCUUGCAGAAAACUUGGGUUGUGUCCAGACAGAUCUUGAAGACAGUGACAUUGUACCUCCCAGGUCUCUUCCUGGAAGGAAAGCUAGCAGAAUCCCCAGAGUUCAGAGGAUGGUAGCUGCUCAGAGCAAUAAAAAACAGACAGAGGGCCUUCAAGAAAUGGGGCAAGCUAAAGUUGACAACAAUGUGAGCACUUCAGAAAAAGAGUUCUAUCCCAAACCAAAGCCUCAGAGGGAGAAUACCACCUCUAGACCUCCGGAGACUGAUUCCCUGGCCAGACAAAGUGCCAAAGUGCUCACUGAAAGUUCAGCAGAACUUGCAUCCGAGCAAACUGUCCCAGCAAGGAAGUUUUCCUGCAUUACAGAUCUUCUGCCUGAUCCAGAUGCCUACCUGGAGGAACAGAUGACAAAUAAUCUUACAGACCUUUCACACAGUCUUAAAUCCUCCUGUGUGACCUAUUCUGCAGCUUCGCCUGUCAGCUCCUGGCUUACAGAUGCAUCAGUUUCCAAGAGCUUAAGUACCAAGGGCAACAGAAUGCCACAGAAAUCCUCUGUUUCACUGGAAAGCUCCCUGAUAUCUAAAGAAACGACUGUAGAGGAAAUAAUACCUGGGGAAAGAAGCCAGGUGGAGCCAAGAUCUCAGAGCUCACCUUCACAGGAAGCUGCGACUAGGCCACUGCAGGACUUGACCAAUGCCAGCGCUUUGCCUUCCUCUAUCUCGGAAGGAGUGUCAGGGCGCUCAUCCAAGCGGAAACGGGAGCCAGGCUGCUACAAAGAGCCAAAACUCAACAGCAAACUGAGGCAGGGUGACCCAUUUACAAAUACCGACUUCCUCCACAACCUUCCCAACAAAAAUAAAAAGAAAAAAACUGCGAAAGCCAAGGAAAUUACCAAGAAGAUAAAGGAAAAAGAACCGCUUCCUGAAGGAAGUGCCAAGGCAGCCAAGCUAAUAACAAUGGGAGGAGACAUGAAGCCAGAAGUAAAAUUUUGGUUGGACGGUCAGCCCCUAAGCUCCUAG